AUGGCCGCCUUGGUGCUUGUCGUUGUCCCUCCUCAGAGGAAAGAGCGCAUUUUUCGACAUCAAGCCAUCCUUGAUGGAGCCUUUACGGACCAGGAGCUUCGCCAAAGGUACCGAUUUGGUCGCCAAUCAAUUAUGUUCCUGACCCAUCUCCUUAGACCGGAUUUAGCAAGGAAAUCUCGCAGGAACCAUGCCCUGACUGUUCAGCAGCAGGUGCUGUCAACGUUGAGGUUCCUGGCAAGUGGAAGUUUCCUUCAAGUUGUUGGAGACACUAAAGGUCUGGAUAAAAGCACCGUAUCCAGGUGCGUCCAUAAAGUGUGUGGUAAGUUGGCUUGUUAUGCUAGCCAAGCUAUAAAGUGGCCCACCACAGAGGAGUGCCAGAAGGGGAAGAGGAAAUUUUUCGCCAUCGCCGGGUUUCCCUCCAUAAUAGGAGCAGUGGACGGAACACAUAUCCGUAUACAGGCACCACACACUGACGAGCCAUCCUAUGUAAACAGGAAGGGCUACCACAGCAUCAAUGUGCAGGGUGUUUGUGAUGCUGACGUAAUAUUUCAUUUCAUUCAUUUUUUGCUACAUGAAAAUUCUUGGGCAUCAAAUGUCAGUUGGCCAGGGUGCACACAUGAUGCCCAUAUUUUCAGAACUUCUCAGGUUUGUCAGCAUAUGGAAACAAACCAGAAUUUGGAAAAUGUGCUAUUGGGUGAUUCUGGCUACCCGUGCCGACCAUUUCUGUUGACGCCAUAUUUGAAUGCAAAUUGUCCUGCACAAAGAAACUAUAACUAUGCACAUGGCAGGACCAGAAGUGUCAUCGAAAGGACAUUUGGGAGGUGGAAGAGACGCUUCCACAUCCUUCACUCUGAGAUACGCAUGCAGCCGGAACGAGUCGUCACCCUUAUCAUGGCAUGUGCAGUGCUUCACAACAUUGCCAUGUCCAUGAGGGAGCCACUCAUUGAUGGGGAGGAAGACAAUGCUGUUGAUGAGGUAGAGGGUGAUGCUGCCUACAAUGGACCGCAGGACGGACAAGCUGUUAGAGAACAUGUCACCCGUGCCUACUUCACCAGGUAGUCUUCCUCAGAGGGUAUUAACCGUUGGGGGCGCGAGGAGUGCCCCACUCCAAGAUGGUGUUAACUGUUGGGGGCGCGAGGAGUGCCCCACUCCAAGAUGGUGUUAACUGUUGGGGGCGCGAGGAGUGCCCCACUCCAAGAUGGUGUUAACUGUUGGGGGCGCGAGGAGUGCCCCACUCCAAGAUGGUGUUUACUGUUGGGGGCGCGAGGAGUGCCCCACUCUGAGAUGGUGUUUACUGUUGGGGGCGCGAGGAGUGCCCCACUCCAAGAUGGUGUUAACUGUUGGGGGCGCGAGGAGUGCCCCACUCCGAGAUGGUGUUUACUGUUGGGGGCGCGAGGAGUGCCCCACUCCAAGAUGGUGUUUACUGUUGGGGGCGCGAGGAGUGCCCCACUCCAAGAUGGUGUUAACUGUUGGGGGCGCGAGGAGUGCCCCACUCCAAGAUGGUGUUUACUGUUGGGGGCGCGAGGAGUGCCCCACUCCGAGAUGGUGUUUACUGUUGGGGGCGCGAGGAGUGCCCCACUCCGAGAUGGUGUUUACUGUUGGGGGCGCGAGGAGUGCCCCACUCCGAGAUGGUGUUAACUGUUGGGGGCGCGAGGAGUGCCCCACUCCAAGAUGGUGUUUACUGUUGGGGGCGCGAGGAGUGUCCCACUCCAAGAUGGUGUUUACUGUUGGGGGCGCGAGGAGUGCCCCACUCCAAGAUGGUGUUAACUGUUGGGGGCGCGAGGAGUGCCCCACUCCAAGAUGGUGUUAACUGUUGGGGGCGCGAGGAGUGCCCCACUCCGAGAUGGUGUUUACUGUUGGGGGCGCGAGGAGUGCCCCACUCCAAGAUGGUGUUAACUGUUGGGGGCGCGAGGAGUGCCCCACUCCAAGAUGGUGUUUACUGUUGGGGGCGCGAGGAGUGCCCCACUCCGAGAUGGUGUUUACUGUUGGGGGCGCGAGGAGUGCCCCAUUCCAAGAUG